AAUCUUUGAUCAAAUCUCCCGCAGACCCGACCUCCGAUGGCGAAUCAGUGAAAAGCAGACCCCUGAAAGAAGGCCCCAAGCUGAAUCGGAAAUCUUCAUCUCCAAUGGCUCGAAGAUCGUUCCCAAUCCUCAAACAAAUCCUCCAGAAAUCAGCCGAAAAUCCCCGCCCUUUCUUAUGCCGAUCCGUGACCUACAUGCCUCGACCUGGUGACGGCACGCCGAGGGCCGUAACCCUGAUUCCCGGCGAUGGCGUCGGGCCACUGGUGACCAACGCCGUUGAGCAGGUGAUGGAUGCGAUGCACGCUCCGGUCUACUUCGAGCGCUACGAAGUCCACGGAGAUAUGAAGAGCGUGCCCCCUGAGGUGAUCAAGUCGAUCCAGAAGAACAAGGUGUGUCUCAAAGGUGGCCUUCAUACGCCUGUUGGCGGAGGCGUGAGUUCUUUAAAUGUACAGUUGAGGAAGGAGCUUGAUUUGUUCGCUUCCUUGGUGAAUUGCGUCAACCUUCCUGGUCUGCCUACUCGGCAUGACAACGUUGAUAUAGUGGUGAUUAGGGAGAACACCGAAGGAGAGUACUCUGGACUCGAGCAUGAGGUAGUUCCUGGUGUCGUCGAAAGCCUCAAAGUUAUAACAAAGUUCUGUUCAGAGCGCAUUGCCAAGUAUGCAUUUGAGUAUGCUUAUCUAAACAACAGAAAGAAGGUGACGGCCGUGCACAAAGCCAACAUCAUGAAGCUUGCUGAUGGUCUGUUUUUGGAAUCAUGUAGAGAAAUUGCCAAGAAGUAUCCUGGAAUUCAUUACAAUGAAAUUAUUGUGGACAACUGCUGUAUGCAGCUUGUCUCAAAGCCAGAACAAUUUGAUGUUAUGGUCACUCCCAAUCUUUAUGGAAAUCUGGUUGCAAAUACAGCUGCUGGUAUAGCUGGUGGCACAGGAGUUAUGCCUGGAGGCAAUGUUGGGGCCGAUACUGCUGUCUUUGAGCAAGGUGCUUCAGCUGGGAAUGUAGGAAACCAGAACCAAGUUGAGGAGAAAAGGGCAAACCCAGUGGCAGUUCUCCUCUCGUCGGCUAUGAUGCUGAGACAUCUCCAGUUUCCGUCAUUUGCUGAUCGCUUGGAGACUGCGGUGAAGCACGUGAUAGCUGAAGGCAAGUACAGGACAAAGGACUUGGGAGGAGACAGUACAACCCAAGAAGUGGUGGAUGCUGUUUUAGCUGCUCUUGACUAAGAACCAUAUUUCAUUUAUUGAGAUCAAAUUCAGAUUCUUCUGCCCAAUCAUUCCUGCUUAAUAAAUUUCAAUUGACUUUGUUUUGAUUGCCCAAUGUUUUGUUUUUGGUUUGGUUUUUAAGGAAAACUGCAAUCAUCCCAAGAGUUACGAAUGCUGUCAUAUCGGCGUUCCAGUUUUUUGCAUUCUAAUUCAUUUUUUAUGUACUCCAUCAAAGACAGAGUAUACGAUAAAGAAGGAUGUUAUUCAUUGGCCUGGAUAUUAUUCAUCGAUGAUAUCAUUGUCUGCAAAUGUUGUUGGCUAUAUUAUUCAGUGAGUUGUGCGAAU